CAUAUGCUCAGACACACCACCGAGGCGCCGGCCAGGACCCGGUGGGCGCAGUUAGACUCUGAAUCACCACGCGCGCUCCCUUGAAUUUACUCUGUGCGCCGGUCCUUACGGGACCGCUUGUACUUCCUCCGACUGUCCGAUAGUACCCAAAGGUCAUCGGACAAUAACCGAUCUCAAUGGACGUGUGACCCGACCGUCCAACCCAGGCGAACCGCUCACCGCACGCGCGAAUAAUGCAUUCCCCAGGCGUGCCCGGUUCUUCUCGACCGCGCGCUCCAGCUGAUGUUCUGAUGUGGGUAAAAUACGCUGCUGUACGUUGCCUGGAGGUAAUUGCAGAGGGGGAGGGCCCGCAUGCGGUAUAAAAGCCUACACGAACAUGCACGGCGGAACUAUCCACUGUCGCCUCCACCUUCUCCGUAAAGAUGCCCGGGCUAGACAUCAACGAGCUCUCGAGCCUCCAACAGACAUUCAACGAAGCGAUCGACGCUAUCAAGGAGGAGAUAAGGCUUGGCGACCUCCCAGAGCUGUCAUCGACGGCGACUACCCCCCAUCCCCUGGACGACCCUAACAUCUUGGUUUCCCCACGCCUAUUCGAAGCGCGGCGUCUGGCACUCGGUAGCAUUGGCCAGCUCAAGUACCUCCUUCAAGUUCCUUACGAGAAGGUCGUUGAGCAGUCGCUCGCUCCCUACGACGCUGCCUGCCUGGACAUCUUCAUUCGCACCGGCAUCGUUGACAUCAUCCUUGCGAGCCCGCGGGGCGCGUCUCUCGAACAGAUCGCCGGCGACCUUGACCUGCAUCCGCACAGAGUCCGGGCUGUCCUUCGGCAUCUGUCUGUUCAAGGAUGGGUGCGCGAAGUCUCCGAGGACGUCUACUGCGCCAACCGCUGCACUCUCACCCUGCGGCCCGGUGAGAGCGGGCGCCAAUGGGCCAUGACGAAGGGCAAAUCCAAGGUCGCCGGCUCCCUCCUCGACAUGGUCACGCACCCGCACUGGAAGCACUCCACCUCCAUUACGCACACCGCGUUCCAGCUGGGGCACAACACCGACCUGUCGAUCUUUGAGUACAAUAAGGAGAAUCCGGCGGAGCUGAGGCAGUGGGCGACGUCGGUGAAGACCCUUGGAAGCGUAUACGAAAAGACGCUGCUGCACGACUACCCAUGGCGGUCCCUCAAGGCGUCCACCUUCGUUGAUUGCGCCGGGGGGCAGGGAUACCUCUCCAUCGGGCUCGCGGAAAUCCUCCCCUCCGCCUCCUUCAUCGUCCAGGACCUCCCCGAGGUCAUCCCCCUCACGUGCGAGAACAUCAAGCGCGAGGCUGCGUCUGCUGUCGAGAGCGGCCGGCUGCAGGCGCACCCUGCCGACCUUUUCAAGCCGCAGACGGUGCAGGCGGAUGUAUAUACGUUGAGGUAUAUUCUCCACGACUGGUCCGACAAGGACUGCGUGUCGAUCCUCAAGAACAUCAGUAUGGGGGCGAAGCCGACGUCCAAGAUCCUCGUCAUCGACCACGUCGCCGCACCCGCCAUUGUCUCGCGCGGGUCCGAUUCUGAUGGCCGCCACAUCGAGCUCGACGACCUCACCGGCGCCGCGGACUACACGACGAUCACCGCGCCGCCCUUCAUCCCGAAGAACUUUGGCGCGUACGCGUACAUGCCCGUCGCGCUGGGCACGCACCUGAUGGGCGCGUUCAAUGCGAGGGAGAGGAGCUUGACGGAGUGGCGCUCCAUCGUCGACGCGGCCGGGCUCCGGAUCCUGCGCGUGAAGCCCCUGCGGGCGAAGACGUCCGUCAUCGAGCUGGGCUUAUGAGCUCGAGAUGCUGAGGGUGUAGGAUCUUGUCUGAGGCUAGGCACUUGGGCUCGCAUCGACGCGGCUGGGCUAGCGUCGACGUGCACGACCCAUGGCGCAGCGGCAUCGCUCGCUGCACCCAAGGUCGUGCAUUGUUCAAAAUACAAUGACUGCUUUUCUCGCACAUAUAUACGCAUUAGAUGGGUUCGUGGAAUGGCACUGUUAUGCAUUUCUUUCUCGCACCGAAUAUAUGUUAUUAUAGAGAUC